AAAGCAACUGCAGUCAAUUCAUGGCGCUCGGGAUCGCGGGAACCGCAGGUAGUGGAAAAACUACCAUCUGUCAAAUGAUGUUCAACAGCGAACAAGUGAAAGAGCACUUUCUUCCUCGGAUCUGGGUUUGCAUGACGAAACAACCCUGGGAUGACCCAGACCCGAAGGUCGCUCUCGCUGAGAGGAUGCUGACUUGCCUCGGAGAAGACGAGGAGAUCAUCGAGGAGAAGAAACGUGAUGAAGAUAGAGUUUCGGGGUUGGUCUCUCUUCUGCAUCGGCAUUUAGUGGGCAAGAGGUACCUGAUCGUGCUGGACGAUGCUUGGGAUGCGGAUGGAUGGUAUAAUUUGGGCUUCGCUAAGAAAUGUGAUCUGAACGGUCAGAAAUGUGAGCCUCACAUGAGACUCACCAAUUCCAUCUCAGAUUACUCGAUCCAGGACAAACCAAAUAAAGGCAAGAAUUUCACCUGGGUUCACUCCACGGACUGGAGUCGAGGCCUGGCUUCUGGGCUGCCGAAAGGAUAUGGAGGAGCUGUGAUCGUUAAUGGCAGGAGCGAUACAUUGGUGGAGAUGAUGGUUGGUAAGGAAAAUGUGCACCAUCUUCUUCCUCUGACGGACGAAGAUUGCUGGGCCAUAUUCACAAAAGCAUCUGGUGACGACGACCUUCAACGCGAUCCUCAGGUAGUAGAACUUCGGAGAUUUGUCGUGCAGGGAGCUGGUGGGCACCCACUUAUGGCAAAAAUUAUGGGCCAAUGUUACCGUGACAUGCAACCACAGGUCGAAGAUACUGCACAACAGGCGGCCGAUAAUAGGAAUGUUUCCACCGAAGAAGAAUCUGCGAUCGGGCAAGCUAACAGUAGCAAUGGUUCUUCCAUAGCCCAAGUCACGGAUCAAGCAGCAGCCCUGGUUACUACACCGCAACCGGUCAAUAGUAGCAGUGGCUCUUCCAUAACCCAAGUAACUGAGCCAGAAUUGGCCCAGGUUACUACACUGCAACCGGUCAAUAGUAGCACUGAUUCUUCCACAGCCCAAAUAACUGGGCCAGAAUCGGCUCAAGUUACUGCACUGCAACCGGUCAAUAGCAGCAAUGGUUCUUCCACAGCCCAAGUAACUGGACCAGAAUCAGCCCAGGUUACCGCACCGCAAACGGUCAAUAAUAGCAGUGAUUCUUCCAUAGCCCAAAUAACUAGGCCAGAAUCGGCCCAGGUUACUGCACAGCAACUGGUCAAUAGUAGCAAUGGUUCUUCCACAGACCAAGUAACUAGGCCAGAAUCGGCGCAGGUUACUGCAUUGGGUUCUUCCAUAGCCCAAGUAACUGGGCUAGAAUCGGCACAGGUUACAGCAUCGGGUUCUUCAAUAGCCCAAGUAACUGUGCCGGAAUCGGCCCAGGUUACCACAUCACAACCGGCCAAUACUAGCACUGGUUCUCCGAUGGAAGAAUUUAUUGGGCCAGACAGGGCCGAAGUUAUUGCACCGCAAUCAGUCGAUAGCGGGGAUGUGAAAAAGAACCGGCCGAGCCGAACCAAAAGUUUGGGGUCCUUACGGAUCAAGUUUCCUUUCGGUUUGCGUAGAAGUAAAACAACGGGCCCUGACGGUUUCGGGCUGGGGUGGUUACUAGUUUUUUAUAUUUAUUUUUCUUUCCUUUAUUGCUUUAUAGCUUAAAGCAAUUUAUUUUCCUUUAGCUGUUUAACGUAAGUCUCUCUAAUUUAUCAAAAAAGUACCA